AUGAUUAGAAGUUCCGGGUCAAAGAAUAAUAACAAUAAUAACCAUGGUUCGAAUUCAAAUACAUCGUCAUCAGGUUCAGGUUUAAUACAGGGUCUCAAAAGGCUAGCAAAUCCACAAUCGUCAUCUUCAGCAGCAGCAUCGCCAACACCACCUAGCAAUCAACGCAUAGAGACGGGCGAUAUCUCUUCACCGAAAAAAGUCAGCGUACCGAGCAGAGUAACAAAUGCUAAUGAUUUAAGACCAUUGAAUCAUCAUUAUAAUCAUCAUCAUAACCACCACCACUCGAGAACACCAUCUCAACAAUCGACUGGUUCCAAAUACACUUAUCCGAAGAGAACAUCUUCAUCUAUAACAGGAGGGAAUCCAUCUUUACCAUCGUCAUCGGCAACACCAAUACCAGCACCAGUAACACCUGGGCAGUUAUCAAGGCAACAGACGAACCAUUCACACGCGAAUUCGCAAUCAUCAGCAGCUAGUGUUCUAUCACAAGGUUCAUUGACAAAUUUGGGUAGAUUUAUGAGGCCUGAUGGUAAGGUUAGGUUAGAUAUGCCACAAGAUUAUCAUGAGGUAGAAAGUCUUUUUGAAGAUAUAAUGUACAAAAGAAACAUUAUGCAAACUUUACCACCUGAGAAACAACAAGAAUUGAGAAACUACGAUAUCGAUAAAAAAUGGUUAAUUGUAAGACAAGAUUUAUCGAGUGAUCUUAAAAAAAUGAUGGCCAAAUCCUCAUCUUCUGCCACUCAAGCUUCAGCAAAUACCACAGAUCUAAGUUUGACCAACACCAUAUCAUCGCAUGAUUAUUCAGAUGCUACCAGUAUCAGGCAUAUGAAAACAAAUGCAUCUUCCAAAAGCUUAAAUUCUAACCUUUACUCCAACGCAAACGCAAAUUCUAGUAAUACAACGGUUAACACAGAAAAGAUUAAUAGGCCUCCGACCUAUUAUGUGAAAAAGAUAAUUGCAGAUGAUUUAACCAUAGAUGAAUUGAACGAUCUUUGGGUUACUUUAAGAACAGAACAAUUAGAUUGGGUAGAUGCAUUCCUGGAGCAUCAAGGUCACAUUGCUAUGGCUAAUGUUUUGAUGAAAUCUCUUUACAAAACGACUCAAGAGGUUAAGUUAACAGAGAAAUCUUUAGAAAGAGAAGCUUCUUAUUUCAAAUGCUUUAGGGUCCUUGUCAUGUUAGCACAAGGUCUUUACGAAUUCACCAAGCAUGCUAUUAUGGCUGAAACCGUUGCAUAUGCUCUUUUCUCGAUAAGAUUACCCACAAGAAAGAUGGCCACAGAAAUUUUCGUUUGCAUGUUGGAGAAAAAAAAUAAGUCAAGGUUCGAUGUGAUAUUAACGGCAUUAGAUAAAAAGUUCAUGAUUGGUGAGAAUUUACAUAUGAUGCAAUUUGUGAAAAACUCUCCUCAGCAAUUUAUUCAUUUAAAGAGGGAUAGUCAGUUCAAAAUUGUACAAGCAUGGUUAACUGGCUUGGAAACCGCCUUACAAGGUCGUGGUAAGAUGGGGUCUCUUGUAGGAGCAUCUGAAGAAGUUAGGGCUGCUGGAGGUGAAAAUUCCAUCUUAGAAUAUUCACAGUGGACUAUGGUUUUUAUUAACCAUUUAUGCAUGGGAACAGAUGUGGUCAAUCAAAGAGUCCUCCUGAGAACAAGAUUAGAAAAUGCGGGGGCUCUUCGGAUUAUGAAUAGAUUCAAAUUACUAGAUUAUGAUAAAAUCACGGCACAGAUAGAAUAUUAUGAAAAUGGGAAAUUGGACGAUAUCAACAAUCUAUUGGAAUCCGAAGGCCGAAAUACUCAAGUCAAUAUGCAAGAUCCUAUGAUGAUGUUACAGACAAUGUGGGAUUAUUGUAAGGGAACUGAAAAUGAGAAGACUUUCAUAUCUUUAAUCAAGCACCUUUUCCUAUCAAGUUCCAAAGUAGCAGAUGAUAGAGGAGAUCCAAGUAAAUUGGCAAAACAGUUGAAAUUGAUGGAUUCUCUAGUAGCUAACGUCUCAGUAUCAGCGGUAGAUGAAGAAUCUAGUGUCAAUGUGGCUAUUCAACGUCUUUAUGAUGCCAUGCAGACUGAUGAAGUCGCCCGUCGUGCUAUCUUAGAGAGUAGACAAUUGACUAAGGAAUUGGAGGAAAUUCAAGCUGAACGUGAUUUCUUACGUCAAAAAUUAAACUCCACAGGUGAUGGGAUCGUUGGCAGAUUAGAGGAAGAAUUAAAACAAAGAGAUGAUAUUUUAGCCAAGAAUCAAAGAGUUAAUCGUCAUCUACAAGCAGAAUUAGAAGAGUUGAAGAAAAAACAUCUGCUAGAAAAACAUGAACAUGAGGUGGAAUUGCGUAAAAUGUUGACAAUCUUAAACGCAAGACCAGAUGAUGAAAACUUGGCAAAAAGCACCAAAGUCACUAAAAGUGUAAAUGGGCUGGAUCCUGAUAGACAGACUAGCAUACAAAAAGCAUUGCAAGAUGGCUUACAACGUACAAGGAAGGAUCUAAGUGUUGAUUCCAAGAGAUUUGGUAUAACGGUUCAACCAAAUAAAAGGUUGAGAAUGCUAAGAAUGAAAAUGGAAGGUAUAGAGCAAGAAGCCAGAGAAUUGGAAAUGACCAAUUUCGCAGAACAUGAAGAGAAGCAAUUAGAAGAGCCUGUAGGUACAGGAACGAAAAAGAAAGCUGGUGUAAGGAAAUUAAGCGAAUUAAGAAAACAGUUAAGUGAUAUUCAAAAAGAGACAAAUGAAGUAACGAAAUUUAAUGUUGAAGAAAGAGUUAAAGAAUUAUUCAAUCAAAAGAGGCUCAAGGCAUUGAAAAGAUUGAAAGAGUUAGAAACUACUUACAAAGGUUUUGGUAUUGAUUUCAAUGCAAAUGCACUAUUGGAAAGCAAAGGAGGGGACAUUCAUUGGAAUGAUGAUGAAAUAGACGGACAAGAUUUACAAGGUGCUCAAGAAAAGAUGGAUGAAAUGGAUCGUAUUGCCAAUGAGCUUACUGCAAUGAAAAUGAAAGUGGAAAUUCAAAAUCAACAACAGCAUACAGAUUCAUCAUCUACAGAAUCCAGUUCUGAAGAUGAUGAUGGAGCUACUGGGAGCCGGACUGACACGGCAAGUGAAUUCUCUCAGAAAUCCUUUGGUUCAGGUGCAGGUUCGUUUUUGGAGGCACUUUCACAGAAAUAUGGUGCUGGCCAAAAUACAACUAUAUCCAAUUCACCAUUUCCUGGUGUUGACAGAAAGAGUAGUAACCACCGAACCUCAUUUGCUAAUCGUAUGAAGAAGUCUAAUGCUACACCUUAUUUUGAUGAAUUAACACGUAAAGUUGCCAAAGCUCCUUCUUUGAAUGAUCCAUCCAGCCCUGGAAGUAACGAGCCCGGUGAUGACGAUACUUUACCUGCAACCUCACCAACGGUUCCUCAAUCCAUCAAUGACACCGUUUCCAAGGAUAAAAAUUCAACUUCCUCCCCAGAGGCUCCUCCUACUUUGGAUCCAGGUUCAGUUCACUCUGAUGAACGGGCUCCACCCCCACCACCCCCAUUACCUAGCAUGCUUUUCGGAGAGAAAGCACCACAACACGGGACUGGAGCACCUGCACCACCACCGCCUCCUCCUCCUCCGCCAUUGCCUAUCUUUAAUCAGGCAUCAGUGAAGGGUUCCACUGCCAUUCCUCCUCCUCCACUACCACCGGCAUUAGGAGGCUCUAACUCUCCAACACCUUCUCCAACUCCACCACCACCACCUCUCUUCGCUGGGCAAAAGAAGAUGUACAGAUCCGAUAUGUCAAACUAUUUGGAGGAAACGCCAACCUUCCGCGACAACUACCCUCAACCUCACAAGAAGUUAAAGCAAUUGCAUUGGGAAAAAUUAGAUGCUACUGAAGAUUCUAUUUGGUCUUCAGGUGUUGCUGAAAAGUUCGCUGGUGAUUUGUAUGAAAAGGGGGUACUAGCUGGGCUAGAAAAGGCGUUCGCGGCAAGAGAAAUCAAAAACCUUGCUACGAAAAAGAAGGAGGAUCUAAAGAAAAUCACCUUUUUGUCUCACGACUUUUCUCAACAAUUUGGUAUCAAUCUCCACAUGUACUCGCAUAUGUCUGUCAAUGAUUUGGUCAUAAAGAUUCUCAAGUGUGACCGUGAUUUCAUGCAAACACCAAGUGUCAUUGAAUUUUUAUCCAAAUCUGAGAUAACCGAGGUUUCUGUGAAUUUAGCUAGAAAUUUUUCACCAUAUUCCACUGAUUGGGAUGGUAUCAAGUCUUUGGAAGACGCUAAACCCCCUGAAAAGGACCCAAACGACUUGCAAAGAGCCGACCAAAUCUAUUUACAGCUUAUUUUCAAUUUACAAGCCUAUUGGGGUUCACGUAUGAGAGCUAUUAAAGUCAUAACAUCUUAUGAUAAAGAGUACCUAGAAUUGGUAACCAAACUAAGGAAAGUGGAUAAAGCUGUUGGCGCUAUUUUGAAAUCAGAAAACCUCAGUAACAUCUUCAAUGUGAUUUUGGCUGUCGGUAAUUUCAUGAAUGAUACCGCUAAAAGGGCACAAGGUUUCAAAUUAUCAACUCUGCAAAGAUUGACAUUUAUUAAAGAUACUAAUAACAGCAUGACUUUCUUGAACUAUGUGGAGAAGAUUAUCAGAGGAAAUUAUCCGUCAUUUAACGAUUUCCUCAAAGAAUUAGAGCCAGUGUUGAAUGUUACCAAGAUUUCUAUUGACCAAUUGGUCAAUGAUUGUAACGAAUAUUGCCAAGCAGUGACAAAUGUGGAAAGAUCUAUAGAAAUUGGUAAUUUGAGUGAUUCGAGUAAAUUUCAUCCGUUGGAUAGGGUGUUAAUUAAGGUAUUACCUGUUUUACCAGAGGCACGUAAAAAAUGCGAUUUACUCGAUGAUGAAGUACGUUUGUCCAUCAUGGAAUUCGAAAAUCUGAUGCAAAAAUAUGGUGAAGAUACAGGUGACAAAUUUGCCAAGAAUUCAUUCUUCAAGAAAUUCGCAGACUUUGUUCAAGAAUAUAAGAAGGCACAGAAUCAAAACUUGAAAGUGGAAGAAGAGGAAAGAGUUUAUGAAAGACACAAGAAGAUGGUUGAGGAGCAACAAAGAAGAGAACAAACGCCAUCUAAGAAUCGUGAUUACGUUGUUAAUGAGGACGAAGACAUUGCGGAUGACGAUGAUCAGGAUAGGCGUGCCAUGAUGGAUAAAUUGCUAGACCAAUUGAAAAAUGCGGGACCUACUACUUCGGACCCUUCAUCUGCUAGAAAGAGGGCUCUGAUGAGAAGGAAAUUACAAGCCGAUAAAGAUGCUGCAGCUCAUUUGAUCAGUGAUUUGGAUAGCAAUGAGGAUUCCAUCGUAUAUUCUCCGAACGCUUCUCAAGACCAAUCCGCAAAUGCAGAAGAAGCUUCACCCACUGUGCAUAAAGGCUCUAAUAAAAACAAUAAACCUGUUUUGUCGGAUUUAGAGUCGCCCAUUAAAGCUUCUAGAAAUGCUGAUAGAAAUAAUGAAAAUGAAGAAGAGGAAAUUUCUGAUAAAGCUAAAAACCUACUAAUGGAACUCAGUGGUAAUGGGGCGCCAACAAGACGUGAAGAAUUGUUGAAUGGACACAAGGAAAGAUUGAGAGCUCGUAGAAGAAGAACCCAAGGUCAUGGGGAAUUAAUAUCCAGUAACAAACUCGCAUUCCUGGAUGACGAAACCCCCCCUGUGACACCGACGGAUAGUGAAUUCAACAGGGACGCUUUGAGUUCUUCACAUUCAAGCCAUCGGGAAACACCUGAUAGUGGCGGUAGGAGUGCUACUGUCACACCCAAUCGUCAUUUUGAAGAACAGCAACAACAGUACCACCAUCAACAACAUCAAAGUGAUGGAAGUUUGAACAACUUAAAAUUCGAAACAAGGACUCAAGAUGCAAGUUAUACAUCUCCCCCCAUCUAUGAAGACACUAUGAGGGAUGAUGCAAGAGAUGAUUCAAGAGAUGAUUCUGCCUCUUUCAAGGACGUUCUAGAGUCUGUGGCGCCCGAAGACGCAGGAUCUACUGAAGAAGAAGCAAGGGAACAACGUUAA